AGGCCAGGGAGAACGCCAUUUUACGUGCGGAGUGCAGAGGUGUCGUGCGGGCGAGCAAUUUCUUCUCCCCAAGUCCCCGUCAAGUCGCAAAAAUUUACUCCAACAACCAAUACCCACGCUCGAUGGCGGAGCUGCAGGCCACCUCCGUGUCCCAGGAUGCCAUUACGGUGGCGCAGCUGGAAUUAGGAGGAAAUCCAAAUGCCAUGGCUCUUCGUCGGCCGUUCGAUCCUGUGGCUCAUGACUUGGACGCUUCGUUCCGUCUGACACGUUUUGCUGACCUAAAAGGAUGAGGGUGUAAGGUCCCUCAGGAGGUUCUUGGGAAACUCCUCGAGGGACUGCAGCAAGACGAAAACAAUGCCCAGGACGAACAUGCCCACUUUAUGCAUAUGGCUAUACCGCGAAUUGGCAUUGGUAUGGAUUCCUCCGUAGUUCCACUGCGUCAUGGUGGGCUAUCUCUGGUCCAGACCACUGAUUUCUUCUACCCCCUUGUAGACGACCCAUACAUGAUGGGUAAAAUUGCAUGUGCAAAUGUGCUAAGUGACCUGUAUGCUAUGGGGGUGGUCGACUGUGACAACAUGCUCAUGCUGCUGGGGGUGUCAACAAAGAUGACAGAGAAAGAGAGAGAUGUUGUGGUUCCACUUAUUAUGAGAGGUUUCAAGGAUUCUGCAUUAGAAGCAGGCACAUCAGUUACUGGUGGGCAAACAGUAGUUAAUCCAUGGUGUACAAUUGGUGGAGUGGCCUCAACAGUCUGUCAACCAAACGAGUAUAUUGUCCCUGAUAAUGCUGUUGUCGGAGAUGUGCUCGUUCUCACCAAACCCUUAGGAACUCAAGUUGCAGUCAAUGCACAUCAAUGGCUGGAUCUACCAGAGCGGUGGAAUAGAAUAAAACUUGUGGUGUCUGAGGAUGAUGUUAGGAAAGCAUACCAGAGAGCAAUGGAUUCAAUGGCCAGGCUAAACAGAAUUGCUGCUCGCUUGAUGCACAAAUAUAAUGCUCAUGGAGCAACAGAUGUAACUGGAUUUGGUUUACUCGGCCAUGCUCAGAACUUAGCAAAACAUCAAAAGAAUGAAGUCUCAUUUGUUAUCCACAAUCUACCAGUCAUUGCUAAAAUGGCUGCUGUUGCUAAGGCAUGUGGCAACAUGUUCCAGUUAUUACAAGGACACUCCGCAGAGACCUCUGGAGGGCUGCUUAUCUGUUUACCAAGAGAGCAGGCUGCUGCGUAUUGCAAGGACAUUGAGAAGCAGGAAGGGUACCAAGCUUGGAUUAUUGGCAUUGUUGAGAAAGGAAAUCGCACUGCACGUAUUAUUGAUAAACCUAGGGUAAUAGAAGUCCCAGCCAAGGAGAAGGAUGGAGAGCUUUGGUAGUUGUAGUGAUGUUCCCACCAUGAUCUUUCGUGCUAGCAGUUUCUAUCAUUUGAGCUUUGGCAGCAAUUUUACCAUUAAUGACUUUGUUUCUUCCAUUCCUGAAUCAGUAAGUUCAAAGCAUAUCCUUCACUUCUUGUUUGGCAAGGAACUGAUCUACUUGAGCCAUUAUAGACAACUGCUGGCAAUUCCCCUCACCAUUUAUUGUCGAUAUAAUGCAUAGUAUUUUGAUACAUCUAUUAAACUUGUUGUUUUUCUCAUUGCAAUUGCACAAACUGUUGCAACUGCAAGAAUUAUUGCCACAUCUGUGACUUUUAUAAUUUAAGAAUGAAUUAAUUUGCCCUAAUUUUUUUAAGUUGCCAUCUGGCAAAAUGGUUCCAACCAAUUCAGGCAAAGACAAAAUUGGCUUGAUUGAAUAAUUUUACAUUUUAAGUAUCCUUAGUUUCUCCUUUGAGCUGCUUUUGUAUAAUUGCACAACUCAUUUCUGCUAUUUUAACAUUUUCUUAUUAAAAAUAAUCGUCUUUAGAACGUGUCACAUUAUGCUGUUGCUCUGAAGCACAUUCCUGUCUUUUUUUUGUACUUUCUGAUUUUUGUGCCAUACUGGCUACUUUUAGGCCACUGUAAUGUUGACCAUGUAGAGUGUUACUUGGCCCCAACAUCGUGUGCUUCAAUUUGAUCAUCUUUUUCUGUAUUUGAAUGUUUAAUUGGUGUUCCUGUUGCUGUAUGACUUAGGUUAGUCAAAGUUGGGCAUCCAAAUCCUAUCCUGAAGAGCUUUUCAAUGGGGGCUUCCAUUAAAUAUUCCUAUUCAGAAAGUAAUAAAGGCUAAAAUGUUUCCCAUCA